AUGGUGUGCAGCAGGCAUUCACUUCUGGUCUUCGUGGCCGCUGGCGUUUGGCUUGCAACGAGCUGUACGGCUGCAUCGAAAGGACUCUCCGCAGCUAUAAAACGGUAUCCGGGCAUGCACGUUACAUUCGCUGCCGGACUGGAAGGCAAAACGUGCACCGAUACCAAGGGAGAAAUUACGGUACAGGUCGCGGCUGACGAAACUGAAGCAACGUUCAAAUGUGGCGGUACUGUUACUGCUCUAUACCCGGCAGAUUGUAACGGCGACGUAUGCCCCAACACGGAAUUAGCACGUAGAGGGGAUCAGAAAGUACAACGGAUUUGUGAAGACGCCGAAUGCGGAAAAAUAAAGGCUUUAAACGAUGUUUUCCCCGGUGCAACGAGAGACGAUAGUACUGGUGAGCACGUGCACGUCCUGAAGUUCCCCAAGGAGGAUCGGCCACAGAAAGACGUGUGGUACCAGUGCAGAACUCCACAGAGAACCAACCCUUGCAAAGUGAAAAUCAGCGUUGCAGCGGCUCUCAAGGACCCGCCCGCGGGCCAAAUCUGCUCCCAGGAUAAUUCCAGGGUCACAAUAGAAGUUGGAAAAGACACAACAGAAGCUAGGUUCAAGUGCGGUGACACACUAACCACGCUAGACCCGGAAGACUGCUCCGGCGACUCGUGCCAGGAGGAAGUUGCACACGACAACGAUGAGCCAGUAUCGAUGAUAUAUGAAGACGAGAGUUGCAGUACAGCUAAGCACUUAGACCAAGUAUUCCCAGGCGCCACGCGUCACGACGAUGCCACAAACCACGUUUACAAGCUGACGAUUCCAAAGGAAGGAAGGACGACAAAGGCCGCUUGGUAUCAGUGCAAAGGGUCAGAACGGAACGGUAACACCCUUUGCAAAGUCAAAAUCAACGUCACCGCCGCUCUGCCGACGCCGCCCACUCCAGAGGCGAAGAACAAAUGCACCGCCGCCGUCGAGGAACUGAAUCUCAGUGCGUCGCCUCAGUUGCCUCUCACAUUCGUGUGCCCGCACGACCUUCCUCUAAAGCCUAGUGAAACGAGGGUGUACGACAACCGCGACGGUCAAUGCACGAACGAAGUGGACCUCUCUAGUCUCGUAGAUGCGACUCUCUCUGGCACAACUCAGGUGGAUACGUUGGCACCGGGAGAUACCACGUAUACAUUGACUGUGAGGAGGCUUCCGCCAGAGAGGGCACUGCUCUGCUAUAGGUGCUCGGGUCGAAGUGCCUUUUCGGAGUCUUUCAGAAAGGCUAGAGGUCCUGGUGGCGAAAAAGAUUGUUUGGUGAAAAGUACGAUCGAAGCAGACCCUACAUCAACGAAU